AUGUCGGGUCCGCAAGUGCAGCUGCAGGGUUUGAAGGCGGAAUGGGAUUUGUGCAAGAGUCAUGACGACAAGAAGCAUUCACUGAUCAUGAGUCUGUUCGACCACAUCGAACAGCAAUCCAAGAAGUUAUCCGACGCUGAGGCGGAGCUCCAUGACAAGAAGGACGUGAUCAAGAUGACUCGUGACAAAGUUAAAGGCGUCGAGGAGCAGAUCCAAGCCUUACAGCUUGAAAAGGCUCGUCUCGUUUUCGCCUCGGUUGUGAUCGACGGCGACUGUAUGCCGUUUGAAGAUGAGCUCGUUAAACAGGGCAUGAAUGGCGGGAAGAAUACAGCCAGCCUGCUCAAACAGGCCGUUGAAGAGGAGCUUCGAUCCUCGCCCACCUCCACACCACACCAGGUACAAGUGAUAGUUCGUGUGUACGCGAACGUGAAAGGACUGGCCAAGACGUAUAAGGAGAAAGAGAUUCUCGCCGAAUCCACCUCCCUCGACGAGUUCAUUCGUGGUUUCAACAUGGGUGACGCCAUGUGUGAUUUUGUGGACGCAGGUAAUGGUAAGGAGUGCUCGGACGAAAAGGUCAAGGCGACUUUUCGACGCGAUCUGGCCGAUGUGCACUGUGAACGCGUAUUCUUUGGCGGCACGGCCGACAAUGGAUACGCCCGACUGCUUGGGCCGUUCGCCCAGCAUGAAACCGACCGCCGACGCAUCCUCCUCCUAGAAGGUCCGCCGUUUGCCCAGGAACUGGCCGACAUCAAGGACCGAUUCCGCACCGUCGCGUUCGACAAGGUCUUCAGAAGCCAGAAGCUGGGCAACGUCAAGCGCCGGGUGUCAUCCCACCCCACGCCCCCAGACACUCCUUCAGCAGACUACGCAAUGGUGGUGGCGAGAGCUCCCCCAGCAGUGACGCCCAACUUUGCUGCUGCUGCCACCACCCAGCAGCAAAGGUUGCCAGUAGCCGGAGUGCCUGUGACAUCGGGGGUGUUGCGAAACAAAAUGGGCCACCGCGUGGACGCGCCGCUCAGCUAUUCCCAACAAGACUUCGCUCGCUUGUCGGCGCGCAAACUCUGCAACUGGUUCCAUCUCCGGGGAAGUUGUCCGUACUUAGAGAAGUACGGAAAUUGUCAGCACGAGCACGGCAGACGGCUGCCCGAGGAGCAGUGGCCCGCCUUGCGUGCCAAUGCACGCCGGACCCCUUGCUCGUUUGGCUUGUCGUGCAACGUCGCGGAUUGUCUUUAUGGUCAUCGCUGCCCUCACGGAGAUAACUGUGCGCGUGGUGCACAAUGUAAGUUUCCCCCCGACAUGCACGAUGUGGACGUGAAGAUUGUCUAG